AUUGUUACAAGAACAUAUAUUUCAAUUCUAACAUAACAUGUAUUUAUCUGCUUUGGAAAGUAUAAAUUACUGAUAUAUUAUUGAAAACAUUUAAUCUAAAAAAAUUAAUCAAAAUCGGUUAGGUGAAAUUAUAUAGUAUAUAGUCGUUUGAUACAUUUGCCAUUUGCCAUGUAUACGUUCCAAAUUCAGUUGAAAGAUGCAGACACUAAUGAAUCGGACACUAAUAUAGUUGGAACGAAAACUAAGUCGCCACAAAAGUCCCAAUACGAACACGUGAUUAAAGAGGAGAAUAACUCUAGUAGUUCGAUGAUUCAUAAGAAGCCUCCUCGAAGGUUAAUACCUUGGCCCAACAAAGUUAAAGAUAUUCUAAGAAAUAAAGGCCAAUCAGAAUCGGAAGCUCAACAAACUUCUAUUGGGAACCAGCAAUCCUUGUCAUCGUCUUAUGAUUACUCGAGUUUAAUCAUUUCAGAUUCCAAACCAGAGGCGCAACGGGAAACUACUAACGUUGGUCAGGAUGGAUUUGUACCAGCUCAAAAGUGCGAUAUUAUUUCUGAAGAAAACAGAAUAUUAAAGAAACAGGGCUAUGUAGAACAGGAACAGGCUUGUGAUCCGUUUCAACCACAACCUAUUGCAAUUGAUACACCCAGUGAGUUGCAAAUGGAUUCGGGAGUAGUGACAAAUGAACGUAAAGGUCAAAAAGUAGUACAACAGCACAGAGAGGAUCUUCAUGUUGACAAAUGCGAAACUCUAAGAAAAUGUAUAAGUCCAAGUGGUUCACUAGAUAACAAUAAAAAUAUAAAUUCUGAUAUCGUUGAGAAAGUGAAUCUUAUGAUAAAUAAUCUUAAAGAACAUUUGGAGCAACUUGAGUUGAAUGUACAAUCUAUAAACGCAAAUCUCAAGACCUUUUGUGAGGUUCUAAGCAAAUAUGCAGCAAAUAUCACAACCCGCACUAAUCAGAACCCAGAAGUAAACAAUUUCAUAUUUAAAAUGUUGAAUGCUUUUGAGAAACUUUAUCAGGAACUUCAGUUAGAAAAUUGUUCUGCAGAUCAUAAGAAUAAAGAAAUUGUUAAACAACGUGUUAGUCUCCUAAAAAGUAUUAAGACUGUUAUUAAAGAUUUGCGUGGUGUUGGGAAUAAUCAGAAUAGUGGUUAUCUCUCCAAAUCACCUUCUUCGUCUGAUGAGGCAAUUGAAAUAAUCCACAAAGAUGACAUUGGGAGAGUUUGUAACGAAGUAAAUGCGAACGACGUUAAACAUAUUUCGAAUGUGCAAAACUCAAAUGUCUUGAAAGCAGAAAAAUAUUCUCUACAGAAACAAUGUAAUACACAAAACCCAUCACAGCUACAGCUUGGAGAAAGGGUCAAAAACUUCGAAGUAGACAUAAUGAAGCCAUCAACUUCGACAAAAAAGGGCGGCGAUCAAAUUACAAUUGGCAGAAAAGGGGAAUACAAUGAAAAAGAAGUUAAUAACAGUAAAAUUCUAGAACAUUUUCAAUCUUCUGACGUCACUUUAUGUCAAAAUAAUGUAGUCAAAUCUAAUCCCGCCAAUUGCAUGGAUCUCCCUUUGACCUCGAAACAUAACAUUGCUCCAAAUGGUCCAGUGCUUGAUUUACCCUCAGAGAAACGUGUCACUAAAUUUGAGUUAUUAAAAAAAUUUUUGAAAAACUCAGAUGAAAGGAAUUCCAUUGAAACUGAAUGCAGCGAACAAGAAAAACCACAAGGCAGUAAGGACUCCAGUAUAACAUAUACGUACAUGUCUUCUGAUUCACCUAAAAUAUGUGACUGUUGUUCUCGCAGUUAUGAUCCAGUUUAUGAUAGUGAUGUAAUGCGUGUGAUAUCAGAUGCUACAAUGGAUCUUGAUCGCUCUGACAUACAAAUUAGACUAAAUAUCUCAAUGAAUGAUGUGAUUUACGUGAAAAUUAUCCUUAUGACAUCUCUGCAGGAGAUAAAAUGUUUCUAUGUAACAGUUAAUGCCCUUGAAAGCGCCGAGCUCGCAGGACUUUUCGAAGAGUUUUGUGUAUACUUAGUUUGAAACUGUAGUUAUAUAUGGUAUAUAUAUUUUAUCACAAAUAAGAAAGUAUAAAAAAAAUUGUAUUCG